AUGGGGAGAGGAAAGAUUGAGAUAAAAAGAAUUGAAAAUACAACAAAUAGACAAGUGACUUUCUGCAAGAGAAGAAACGGGCUUCUGAAAAAAGCUUAUGAAUUAUCUGUUUUGUGCGAUGCUGAAGUUGCCCUCAUUGUCUUCUCCAGCCGUGGAAGACUCUAUGAGUAUUCAAACAACAACAUUAGGUCAACAAUUGAUAGGUACAAGAAAGCAUGUUCAGAUCAUUCAAAUACCACAACUACCACUGAAAUUAAUGCUCAGUAUUAUCAGCAAGAAUCUGCAAAACUGCGACAACAGAUACAAAUGCUGCAAAAUUCUAACAGGCAUUUGAUGGGUGAUGCUUUAAGCACAUUGACUGUGAAAGAGCUUAAGCAGCUUGAGAACAGACUUGAAAGAGGAAUCACUAGAAUUAGGUCUAAGAAACAUGAGAUGCUACUGGCUGAAAUUGAAUACUUUCAGAAAAGGGAGAUUGAGCUGGAAAAUGAAAAUCUUUGCCUUCGAACUAAGAUAAGUGAGGUUGAAAGGCUUCCACAAGUAAACAUGGUUUCUGGACAAGAACUGAAUGCAAUUCAAGCAUUAGCAUCUCGUAAUUUCUUCAAUCCAAACAUGAUGGAAGAUGGAACUUCCUACAAUCAAUCAUCUGAUAAGAAGAUUCUUCAUCUUGGGUAA